AUUGCCUCCUUGAGCGCUGUAGUGUAGGGCAAUAUAGGUUUUUGAAACCUUUAGUAAAUAAAAUUUGAACCGUAGUCAACAUGGGGAACAGCAAAAGCGGGGCUCUUUCUAAGGAGAUUCUGGAGGAACUUCAGCUGAACACCAAGUUUACCCAAGAGGAGCUGUGCACUUGGUACCAGUCUUUCCUGAAAGAAUGUCCCACCGGCAGGAUCUCCAAAAAGCAGUUUGAGGGUAUUUAUUCGAAAUUCUUCCCGGACGCCGAUCCCAAAGCUUACGCUCAACAUGUUUUUAGAAGCUUUGAUGCCAACAACGACGGCACUUUGGACUUUAAGGAAUACAUGAUCGCCCUUCAUAUGACGUCAUCUGGAAAGACCAACCAGAAACUGGAGUGGGCUUUUUCUCUAUACGAUGUCGACGGGAAUGGGACUAUCAGUAAACCAGAAGUGCUUGAAAUCAUCACGGCAAUAUUCAAAAUGAUUACUGCGGAAGACCAGAAGUCCCUGCCAGAUGACGAAAAUACCCCAGAGAGGAGAACUAACAAAAUAUGGGAUUUCUUUGGAAAGAAGGACAACGAUAAACUCUCCGAAGGGGAAUUUAUCGAAGGAAUCAUGAACAACAAAGAAAUCCUUCGUCUGAUUCAGUUCGAGCCUCAGAAAGUCAAGGAGAAACUAAAAGAGAAGAAGUAGUGGAGCGGGCGCCGGCCGAACAAUACCAUAAAGACUGUCCAUGCAGCCAUUUCACUCCAUCAGCCAGAGAAAUGCAGAUUCUAGCAACAUGUGAACUCAUCUCAAACACGUGUGGCCCUUAAUCUUCAUUUACACGAUACACCAAUGCUCGCGGCAUGUACCGGCGCGCUCUCCGUGUUGUAAUGAGGCUAACUAAUAAUCCUUAGAUUACAGCUGAAGCCGUUUUAGAACUUGAAGGUCAUACUCCGUAAUCUCAUUACAGCUUCUCAAAGACAACGACCUGCAAAAUAUACAGAGGGGGGUGUAUAGCGCCCCCCCCCCAGUGUUACAAAGCGGUGCUGUGUUGUACAAGGUGCUGGAGCAUUAUGGGUCAAAAAUA